AUGCAUCUAUUAAGCGGAAAAGCACCACGACAUGUUAUACCUGCAGAACCGACGCUUGUCUUCCAGAGAUUUCUGUUUUUAGGUGGAUUGAAAUCCUUAAAUGACAAAGAUUAUCUCACACGUUUAAAUAUUACUCAUAUAAUAUCAGUUGUUUGGAUUCAACCGAGAGCGGCUUGCAUUACGUCAACUAUGAAACACCUUUUCAUUAAAGCGGAUGAUUGUACUUCAUUCGAUAUGUCUCCGUAUUUCGAGCAAGCUUGUCAGUUUAUUGACGAAGCGCGACAGGCUGGCGGCCGUGUGCUUGUUCAUUGUGCUUGUGGAGUAUCUCGUUCGUCGACGAUCUGUUGUGCAUAUUUAAUCAGACACCAUUCGAUGUCUGUUGAGGAAGCGCUCAUUCACCUUCGUUCACGGCGUCAUAUCAUUCGACCGAAUGCUGCUUUUCUCCGUCAGUUAAUUCAGUAUAGCGAACUAAUCGAUACUUAUAAAAGACGAAUAGAUGAGAAUUGA